AGGCGCAGCUGAGACCUCCACCUUCCACUACAACGCAGCUAUGAAUGCUUGUGCCACCACUGAAAUGUGGCAAUCUGCGUUGAAUUUGCUGUCGUCCAUGUCAGACAACAGGCUAGAGCGAACUAUCAUCAGCUUCAGUAGUGCCAUUGCGGCGUGUGAAGGCUCUAAUUGGGAGCGUGCUGUGCGACUUCUUGAAUUGUCCUCCAAGGACCGUUUGAGGCACAACAUCAUCAUCUACAAUAGCACCAUGAAUGCAUGUGCAAGUGCUACUCGCUGGAAAGUUGCUCUCUGCUUGCUGGAGUCCUGCCAACGGGCCGAGCUUUCACCAACGGUUGUCAGUUGUGGCAGCGCAAUUUCUGCAUGCGAGAAGGGGGGUGAAUGGCAACUGGCAUCAUUUGUUUUCCAUUCUUCCCGCGAAGUCGCCGUUUUUCCAAACACGAUCACCUACGAUGCGUACAUCAGCUCUGGUGAAAAGGCAGGACAGUGGCAGCUUGGAAUCCACUUGUUGCACUCCAUGUGCCGAGACAAAGUCGAAAGGAUUGACGUCAGCUUCAAUGCCGCAAUCAGUGCUUGUGAAAAAGCUGGACGCUGGCACUUUGCCGUCCAAACACUCGGUUGCAUGAGCUGUGCUGUAGUUGCACCGGACUUCAUCACUUUUGACUCGUCCAUCAGUGCUUGUGAGAAGGGUGAGCAGUGGGGUACUGCUAUCCAACUUCUCAAGGGUAUGGUGAAUGCGAAGGUUGAGCGAAUCGUAAUUAGUUUCAACUCAGCCAUCAGUGCAUGUGAAAAGGGCGGCCAAUGGCUGCGAGCACUGAAUGUGCUUCGCUGUGGCUUGCCCUUUGCAUUUUUGAGGCCCAGUGUCAUCAGCUUCAACUCUGCUAUCAGUGCAUGUGAAGUUUGUGGAUGCUGGCAGGCGGCUCUCAAACUGCUUGACGUGAUGCCGCGGGCAAAGUUGACGCCUACUGCGGUUACUUGCAGCUCUGCAAUCAGUGCUUGCGACAAAGGCGAGCGAUGGAGGCUGAGCGAACUGGGCUCUGAGCUUUUUGGACAGGUGGUUGACUAGCUUGCCGACCCUACCGAAAGCCAAUGAAGUGACUUGCAGAGCUGCCAUCAAUGCAUGCAUCAAGGGCGGCCUUUUGGUGCAUGCUCUUAGCAUUCUGCAUCAAGCCAAAUUUGCCAUUCUGCGCCGGUUGCCCGAAGGACAGAUAUAGUAUGAUAUAGUUACUAUGGGAUUGUUUACGUUUUAUUUUUAAUGCUUUAAUCUUCCUCCUGCGUACUGCAGGGUAGAAGCCUUCCCUGCAAUGCUCGUAGUGUUUGAAGACUUGCACAUGUGCUCCGCUGAACAAAGGGUCAGCCAAAGCAAUGGGGCACAUUGCAUAGCAUUUAAGGAUAUUAAAACAUAUGUCCUGUUAUGUCCUCGAAAUUGGGAUUUGGCGUCGUGUGCAGUGCGCGAAGUCCUUGCAGUUUCACCGCUUCACUGACGGGUCCUUAGAGAUUCUGAAGUUGGCACUGCUCAUCACAAGCUGCUACCUUGUACACUGCGCGCAAGUGGGAAGUGUCUGAGUUGGUCGAAGCGUUUGGUGCGGCGAUUGCGCGUGUGUCGUUAGAUCAAUUGCUCUUGCUGAGCCAUGAUUCAGUGUCCUGAGGGCGCCAGUGCUUAAACCAUCC